CCUUCACCGCUCCUAUUUAAACCAUGCAUUACCACCAUGAACCUCCGCACCUUCACCUUCAUCCAUCAGCUUGCAUGGCUCUUCUCAUCCCACUCCUUGUCUUCCUCGUCCUCCACUCUGCCAAUGCGCAGCCCUCCCCGGGCUAUCCCCUCAGUUCCAAGAUCAGGUCAUCCAGGUUCUACCAGGGAUACAGGAACCUCUGGGGUCCUCAGCACCAAUCAGUCUCCCGGGAUCAAUCCUCUGUCACAGUCUGGCUUGACAGGAGCUCAGGGAGUGGAUUCAAGUCGAUUCGGCCGUACCGGAAUGGCUACUUCGGUACUUCCAUCAAGCUCCAGAGUGACUACACCGCCGGCGUGAAUACAGCCUUCUAUCUCUCCAACAACGAAGCUCACCCGGGGUUCCACGACGAGGUGGACAUCGAGUUCCUGGGCACGACGCCCGGGAAGCCGUACACGCUGCAGACCAACGUGUACGUCAGGGGAAGCGGCGACGGCCGGGUCAUCGGCAGGGAGAUGAGGUUCCACCUCUGGUUCGACCCCACUGCCGCCUUCCACCACUACGCCAUCCUCUGGAACCCCGACGAGAUCAUAUUCUUCGUGGACGAUGUGCCGAUAAGGAGGUACGCGAGGAAGAUCGAGGCGACGUUCCCGGAUCGGCCGAUGUGGGUGUACGGCUCCAUUUGGGACGCAUCAUCCUGGGCGACAGAGAACGGCAAGUACAAGGCGGAUUACAGGUUCCAACCCUUCGUUGCGAGGUUCACCGACUUCAAGAUAACAGGGUGCUCGGCCAAUGCGCCGUCGUCCUGCCGCCCGGUGCCGGCGUCGCCGUCAGGCUACGGGCUCAGCGCCCGGCAGUACGCGGCGAUGCAGUGGGCGCAGAGGAACCACAUGGUCUACGACUACUGCCAUGACUACAGCAGGGAUCAUUCCCUCACUCCGGAGUGCUGAGGGGUAUCGAUUACUUGUUCCAGUUUGCCUUGGUGUCUCGAUGGUUUCUUCCUCGAAGGAGGAAGAGCUGCCCUGCUACUUGCAUCUGUAUGUAAGUGGUUGAGGCGUGUGUGGUCUUUUUGGCUUGUUUACAUGAUUAAGGGUGUAUGCGCGCGCGCGCGCAUGCGCUGGGGUAUUUUGUUGGUCUUUGGGUAACUGUAAUACUACUGCUUUUGGAUUGAAGAGGUCUGCAAAUGGCAAUACGAAGGUGGCCAAGCACAAUUGUACCUUCAUUCCUCUUUUGUUUCUCCCUGGUUCUUCCUAGUUCAUAUCGUA